AUGGCGGACGCUGCAGGGAGUGCGUCGCCGGCGCCAGCCUUAGCGACGCAGCCCAGGAGCGAGACUCCAAACAACGAGCCCAAUCCCGCCACCAAAUCGACCACACCCACCGUCAAAACCGAGGAGGCCUCUCAACAACUUGAGGCUACAUCUAAGACGGACCAUAGCCGCCAUCCUCGUGACGCUUCACAGAGCCCGACCUCGAGCAAGACUAUCAAGUCAGAAACGAAUGGUUCCUCUGACGUGUUAGCACCCGCUCAAGAGGCAGCCCCCGUGAUACCGACUGCUGCAGCCGGUGCCAGCACCUCCUCGACGAUCCCCGCCGUCGCGCCUCCUCCGGUUCCAGCCCCGGCUGCCGAUCCACCCACCUCUCUGGCUACGCCCGCUGCCGUUCCUCUUGCAGAAUCUGUGACCCCUGCGAAGCGGUCGAGGACACCGGAGCCUGAUCAAGAACCUAGCGCCGACAAGAAGCAAAAGACCGAACAUGUUCCAGAGCACGACAUCCAAAAGAUUGGCGAUUUGAAGGCAGAGGCAGAACCCAGUCCAGAAGUCAGUCCAGAAAUCAGUCCAGAAGCGAAUACCAACGGCGAUGGGGUGUCUAGCUGGGACCUUGAGUCGAUGCUGGCAAACGCGUUGGGUGCUGUUAAUGACGCCAAGGGCGUGGCUGGAGCCGAGGAUGCCAUGGACAUUGACAACCUGACGUCGCCUCCGCCCCUGCCGCCGCCACGUCGACGGCUGGAGAAGAUGAAGUUCAUCGAGACCCCAACUUACUUUUCGCGGUCCAUGGGCCUGCCGAUUCUGGGGAGUCUUGCCGUUCAGAUACUGUUGGCGCUCUUUCAGCAGCCAUCUGAAGUCACGGACAAGAUCAUCCGAGAUGCAAGGACGGAGGGUGGCAAAGUCUACGUUGCCUUGAGAGCCACGUUCAUGGCGACCCUGAAGCUGUUCACGGAUUCCACGGCUUUCCUCAACGCCGACGACCUCGACAUUCACGACCCGGGAGACCGCGAGACAAUCCAGAUGGCGAACCUUGCCAAUAUGUGCGCGAGCUUUUACGGCCCAGGCGGGCCAACCAUGGCUACAGCCCAUGACUAUUUCCUGAACAUCAUGAUUCCUGAAAACGGCAUGAUCACAGAGGACAUCUCCGCCCUUUACCUUGACCAAAAAACUCAGAGCUUCCUUGCAUACGCUAAUGUCAUGGAAGACAAAGAGUCCACGAGGAACAGCUUGAUGGACAAAUUCUUUCCCAAAGAGCUGGAAGACCUCAACAUCUCGGGCAUAAACGAGGACGACUUUGUACGGCCAUUUACGGAGAGACGCAACCUUCUAAAAGCGGUAGGGCACGACAAGGAGAAGAGGCGACAACUCGAGGCCAAAUACCAGUUCGCAACUUUCCUGGAUAACCUUAGUGCCUUUAUCCGAUCGAACUUUGAGUCUAUUGUGGACUAUGCAGAAGGACAUGGCUUUGAGAUACCGAAUGAGCCCGGAGAGGAAGAGGCCCUGCUCUUGGAAGGUGUUCAGCCGCCGUCUACCUACACUGGAGCAUUCCCAGGCCAGAGACGACCCAAUGGAGCCGACCUGGACUCUGGCUACGAAGCGACGGGCCUCGCGUCGCUAAUCGCCGAGAAGCUGGCGCCAAUUGAUGUUAACAGCUACGGGCAAGCCUCAGCCGGAACAGCAGACGGUUCGAGCCUACCACCCACACAAUCACUGCCUACUGCUGUACUAUAUGAGAGGGCGCGACAGGCAGCUGUUGCCAAGUCAUCAACAGCACAUGUUCGCAGGGAAGGCUUACAUUCCACCAGGAGACCGUGGACGCCGGAAGAGGAGAAGGCAUUGAUGCAAGGCCUCGACAUGGUUAAAGGGCCACAUUGGAGCCAGAUCCUGCAGUUGUUUGGGCUGAACGGGACGCUGUCCGAUAUCCUGAAGGACCGCACCCAGGUGCAGCUGAAGGACAAGGCUCGCAACCUGAAGUUGUUCUUUCUCAAGACCAACUCCGAGAUGCCGUACUAUCUGCAGUGUGUGACCGGGGAGCUGAAGACGCGAGCUCCAGGCCAGGCGGCGAGAAAGGAAGCAGAGGAACAAGCACGCCAGGGCACCCUACAGCAGGACCAGCCCCUACUGCAGUCCAAGGUCCUACAGACGGCACAGCCAGUUGCGACAGCUGCGACAACGGACACGCAGCCAAGAGCUGGGGAUGGAGGGAGCACAGCAGACGACGAGCACCUGAAGAACUCUUUACUGGCGGCGUUGAAAAACGCGUAG